AAACAUCUUUCAUGCGAUCCCCGGGUCGCCGUCGCUGAUUCGCCGACGCCCUGGAUGCGCGCGUCGAGACAAGUCUCACCAACUGCGCAGUAGCACCGGGAAAUGCCACUUAUAACACCCAACUUACUUACCUACGUGUAGAUUCGUCUACUCAUAUGCUUAUCCUGCACGCACGCUAUACUCCUUACAUCCCUAACCUCCCAGAUGCUACCCGACCUACUGACCUACUAACCUCCUCCCACUAUCCAUGUUAACCUAUAUGCUACGCCAUCUACUUACCUUGCACCAUGUCUACUAUACACCAUGUCUGCAUCAUCCCACGCUUUUUUAGCCCUUUCUGCCCUUUUUUUCUCUCUUCUACCCGUUCCCUGCGACCUUCCUACGCGUCUUCCUGCGCUUCGGCGACCCGACGGUGCGCAAUGUUCGAGGAGCGCCCCCGAGACAGCCAAUAGUCGCGUCCACAUUCGCGGCAAGCCCCUGUCUCUAAACCACCUAACCCGCGUUCGGGUCUUGGGUUCGGUUCGCGAAGGGGGAGGAGGGGAGAGGAGGGAAAAGAGGGGUUGAUUCAGACAGACAGCCACCAGAAACUAACGAGGGAACCCCUAGGCAAGAGAGGAGGAGAAAGAAAGAGAAAAAAAAAAUUGUGUGUGUGUGAGCGGCGUUUGUAUGAGUAACUCCUGCUGCGCUGCUCCUGUUCUCCCCCCCUCUGGUUGUGGGACUCCAACUGUUUCUACGCGUGAAAACCCGAAUGCAGGGGUCCGCGCCUUUUCGCGUCUUUAAAGAACCGCUCCCCCCUCCGCUCCCUCCAUCCGCCCACACGGGCAAUCACGAAUUGCGCCAGGCGGGAAUGCCCUGAAAACCAUUUGCCGCCUUUCAAUUAAAGCAUGUCUUAAAGAGAACCACGGGCCAGAGGAUGCCGAUCCCAUCGAGAUGGACCUAACCUAUCCUACCUAGCGCAAGUCCCCCUUCCCAUCCUCCCCCCCCGUUCGCUCGUCUUGUCCCCGAACAGCCAUCCGGUCUGGCUUCGGGUUCUACUCUGCCCUAUCU